GAUUGGGAUGUAACCUUGGGCUUGGUAAAUUGAAUUUCUGACAUGGUGGUUAAUACUGAUUUUUAUUUGUGCUUGUUAUAUUGUUUAUGGGAAAAUGGUUUCACCUGCCAUCACCAUCAUGCUGUUGUUUAGUUGCUUGUUUGAGCUCAAUGUUAUUUUCAAGUUUUAUGAUGAGUACUAUCUUUCCCUCUUGUUUCAUGCUUGUUUCAGUUAAGCUCCCUUCUUAAUGACAGUUGCUAAACAAGUUGUUCUUUGGGUAAGCAAUCCUUACCUUCUUUUUUUUAUCUUUGGGUGCAGGGAUAAUACAAAGUUCUACUGGGUAAUUGGUUUGUUUCACCAAAGAAAGAGACGAGGUGAAGAUGGAUGAUUGGGAGGAUGAGCAAAUUCAACCUGUUCUGUUGAAGGAGCAACCUAAAAGCAAAUGGGAUGAUGAAGAUGUGGAUGAAGAUGAGAUAAAGGAAUCAUGGGAAGAUGAAGAUGAAUUACCCACGGUGCCUGUAUCAAAACCUGUGCCAGAAAAGGUCCCCAAGAAGCCUGUGGCAAAGUCUACAAAAGAAAAAACUGUGGAACCAGCAAAGGAAGAGCCACCACUAGACCCCGUAGCAGAAAAGCUUCGCCAGCAAAGGCUCGUGGAAGAAGCCGACUACCGGAACACUAAGGAAUUGUUUGGUUCAAAGUCGAGCACCAAUGAAAAGAACAUUGAUAAUUUCAUCCCCAAAUCAGAAAGCGACUUCUUGGAGUACGCAGAGCUCAUUUCCCAAAGGCUCCGCCUGUAUGAGAAAAGCUACCAUUAUCUCUCUCUGCUCAAAACUGUGAUGAGACACUCAAUGACCAGUUUGAAAGCAGCAGAUGCAAAAGAUGUGGCGUCUUCUGUUACUGCAAUUGCAAAUGAAAAGCUCAAAGCAGAGAAAGAAGCCAAUGCUGGCAAAAAGAAGACAGGUGGGAAGAAGAAGCAGCUGCAUGUGGAUAAGCCGGAUGAUGAUAUUGUGGUGACGGGAUAUGAUGCACUUGAUGAUUAUGAUUUCAUGUGAGUUUUAAUAUCUAGAUCAGUACCCAAUGUUUGCUGCUGAGAGCCUUUCAUUUUGAGUUGCAUAUUUGACGAUAUAAACAUACACAGACGGUCAAUGCCGUGGCAGUGGUAUUGAGAUUUUGGAGCAGGGUAAAUGCUUUUAUGGGGAUGUGUUUGGGCUGUUAAAAGUCGAAAGCUUAUUCGAAAGGUUAACUAUUUAUUAACUGUCAGUUCUUUUUUUCAUUGCCGUCUGGGAAGGUGGAAUAAAACAGCUAUUACUCUUAUUUUGCUUUUGUGCUUCAGAGUUGGAACUUAUUAGGCGUCACUUGUUUGCGGUUUGUUAUUGUGAACUGGAUGCCUCAUUUGUGGUUCAAAAGUGACAUUUUCAAAUAGCCCGCCAUGGAUAUGAAGUUUUCUCUAACUUUUUAGUUGCUCAGUUGUUGUAUUAUUGAUGAUGAUUCGAUGAUCUUUGGAAGACGGUGCUUUUCAGUUGGUUGUGAUUAGCCGUCUCGGCUGCAUUGAUUUUUGUUUCUCCUUUUUCUGAGCUUCCUCUCUACGUGGCAUUGCAUUUCCUGCCUCUAGAGAUGAUUCCAGGACAACACGUUGGAGUUUCUAGAAUCCAUGUUCUCGUCCAACUCAUCUAACAGAUAUUAGGUUAGUAUAUCAGUGGGUAACAUAUUAUAGGUUACCUCGGUUGCAUUUUGCAAGUCAUCAGAAUGAGAGUGAGUUCCUGAUGCAGCUCAGUACUAUUUGCUUUGUUCCUUUCUCAAGUACUAUAGAGUGGAUCGAUCGGUGACACGAUUUAUAUUUGGGAUGUAAGUGCUCUUCUAUCGACUUACUCAAGAAGAGAUAAAUUUGUAAGUGAAAUGAAUUAUUAAAUUUUCU